AACUUUUGCACUGAGCACAGUUAAUAUUUAAAAAAAAAAAAAGAAUGUCUAAAAGUCUUUAUAAUAAUUGUUGUAAUUUAUUUACAACGACUAUUUUUUUCAUUAUUUUUAAAUGUAUUAUUCAAAUUAAUGGAGAAUUAAGUAGUAUUGUUUAUACUAAUCAAGGACCAGUACAAGGUGAAAUUUUACAAACAAUUGUUAAUUCUGUUUCGUAUUCAUCAUUCAAAGGAAUUCCCUAUGGAAAACCACCCAUUGGAGAAUUAAGAUUCAAGCCACCCGAAAAAGCUGAAUCAUGGAAUGAGACAUUGAUUUCAACAUCAGAAGGUAAUCAAUGUCCACAAAUGGAUUUUAUAUUUAAAAAUUAUAGUGGAAAUGAAGAUUGUUUAAAUUUAAAUGUCUACACACCCAAGACAAUUUUUGAAGAUGGAAAUAAUUCAAGUGAUAAAUUACUUCCUGUUAUGGUGUGGAUUUUUGGAGGGCAAUUUAAAUUUGGAUAUGUUAAUUCAUCAUUUUAUGGACCAGAUUUUUUUAUUGAAGAUAAUGUUGUACUUGUUGCCAUGAAUUACAGACUUGGUGCACUAGGUUUAUUAGCACUAAAUAUUACUGGUGCGACUGGUAAUGCAGCACUUAAGGAUCAGACACUUGCAUUAAAAUGGGUUAAGGAUAAUAUUAUUAAAUUUGGUGGUGAUCCAAAUAGUGUUACUUUAUUUGGUACAAGCACAGGUGCAUCAUGUGUAGAUCUUCAUUCAUUCUCAAAAUUAUCACAAGGACUUUUUCACAAAUCAAUUUCAAUGAGUGGAACACCUUUAAAUCCUUGGGGUUUUUCAACUCCAGAUGAAGCUGAAGCACGUGCUUUUAAGCUUGGUGAAUUGCUUGGUAUCAAUACCACAUCUAAAGAAAUAUUACUUAAAGAAUUAUCCGAAAAAUCAGCUAAAGAAAUAGUACUUGCAACUGAAAACAUAGUGAAGGCUGAUCGUCCAUUUAAAUCAACAAUAGAAAGUUAUGAAAUUGCUGGUGAAACAGCAUUUCUAUCUGAGUGUAUUGUUAAUCAAUUGGAAAAAGGAAAUUUUUCUCAAAUUCCACAUAUCGCUGGUUUUGUUGCCAACGAAAUACUCUCAUUUGCAACAAGUGUUCAAAGUUUAAUUGAUCAAUCACAAUUUGCUUUAAAAAGUAUGAAUAAAGUUUUACACAAUAAAGUUGGAGAAAAAAUUGAAUCAUUUAUGGAAUAUUUGUCGAGUAAAUCAAAAUAUAAUUUAACAGAUUUACCAGUUUCCAUUGUAAUGGAAGGAAUAAAUAAUUUAAGUGAUGUACUGACAAUACUUGGUAUUGAUACGAAGCAAAAACUAAUGCUACCAUUUUCAAAAUCACCUAUUUAUUAUUAUCAAAAUUCAUUUGAUGCUGGUAAUUAUUCACAACAUAGACAACGAUAUCACAUUGACUUUGAUGGUGUUGCACAUGGAGAUGAUUUGAUAUAUUUAUUUUAUCCAAAAAUAUAUAAAGUACCACUUGAUCCAACAAAUAAAUUUUCAAUUGUCAGAAAACAAAUGGUCAGAAUGUUUACAAACUUUGCAAAAUACAGUAAUCCUACACCAAAUGAAACAGAUAAUUUAUUAAACAUAACAUGGCCUGUGUCAGGUGUAGAAGGUGUACAUUUAAAAAUUGGAAAUGAACUAAAAGUCAUUAAUUCAAGACCAAUAAAUGAUAAUAUAAAAAUUCUUGAAAAAUAUCAAAACAAUUGUACUCUCAAAAUUAUGAAUGGUUGUGAAUAAAUUUUUCUAAUAUAUAUUUAUAAAUAA